CGAGGAUCGCGGUUGAGUCAAUGUAAAUGUUUGACUUUUUGCUUUAGACCUAUAGCAUUUUUAUCAUGAGAUAUUUGCUGCAUUAUUUUUAAACUUGAGUCGUGCGCUUGCGAAACAAAAUUCAAAAUGAAAAUGACGUUGGGCCGCCGUAGCCUUCCACUCUUUUCGCCGGAUAGAAGUUGCUCGAAAAUGCGAGGUGACUGCUCCGCUGCAGCGAUCGGGAUAGCGAAGCUCUUACUUGUCGCGUUGAAUAUCGCGGUUUUCAUUAGUGUCAGCGAUACUACGAGCCCAUCAUUGACUGACAACGGGGACCAGGGACCCGUGCGAGUAGAACAUCAUGAAAAUGCUGCAACUUCUGGACAAGCUCCCGCUGUGAGAUCUUCAUUUGGAGCCGCCGCUCCCAUUCUGUUCGCCUACGGGAAGAAGGUAAAAAAAUUGCAGAAAAUCAAGCUGGGUCGACGAAAGAAAAUGAAACUCUCUCUGAAGAAAGCUUUACUGAACAACUACGUCCAGCCCUAUAACCACAUCCCCGGCGGAGGUUCCAAUCCCGGCCCCCCUAUGCCACCACCUGGCGGACUGCUGUCCGGAGGUCCUCUCGGUGCAGCUCCUCAACUCCCGGCGCCGCAGCAAAUUUACAUGAACGGCCCGCACCGAGGACAGCAGGGACAGCAUGGUGGAUUUUCACACCCUACUUCUUCACAACAGUCGCUUUUACAGCAGCAGGCAAAUUUCUUCCACCAAAGAUCUUCUACUGCUUCUGCAUCAAGAACCUCCUUCACUGGGACGAGGAAUUUACCCUCGUCUUCCAAGUUCCACCUUUUCCAGCAAGCCAUUGACUCCGAGCGGGGGAAAUGCCCCCACUGUCCGGAGAUGCCGAGUUACGAGCUCGCGAAGGUGCAAAAGGUCGCAUAUGAUUACGCAGAAGGGAAUGCCCAUCCCCCGGGACACGGACCAGGAAACUCCUUUUGGACUACUGUUGAUAACAGCCCGUAUGAGAGUGCAAAACUCCCCCCCCCUUUUUUGUAAUGCAAAACCCCAAGUCCAGUUGGUGCCUUGACCUUGUGGAUGCACUGGCUGCAUGACAAAUUCCAGAAUGUCAAACAGUACUACAUUCGGCGCGUGAAUUUGUCAUGGACAGACUCCACGUGUGUUGGUGGUUGUGAUGCUGUUCAUGCCAUACAAAUGAGGGGGAGGGGGAGUGGUGCAAACGCAUAGCCCGUUGGUGAAGCCCACGAAAUACUCCGGCUGGAGUUACAGGGACUACGCAGACAAGGAACUGCGGUAUGUGCAGCUGUUGACCGAGCGGAAAUUGCAGGCGGACUUUGAUAACUAUCUUUUGUACGCGGAGGCCAGAUCCACGCAGAUUUUCGGAAGCUCGUUUUUCGGGGGCAGCAGGAGUAGUGCAACUACAUCAGGAGUAGACCAAUACGCAACGACCCCUAGUACCAGCAGCUCUAGCACCACACGACAGCAGCUGCAUCCAGACCACCAGUCCGCGGCUCAACAUCGCCCACCGCCGAGGGAGCGCUUCACCUUUUCAGAUUUGCACUACUAUGAGAAACGACAAGGAAACGAGUUUUUGCGAAAAAUAGCCGUGGAGCAUGACAAACUCGACCCGACCUUUCAGCAGUACUUUUUCCACGGGACCUCGCUAAGCUUCAGCGACCAUGAGCUGCGGUAUUUGAGUGAUCAGGAUUUGCACAGUCAUGACGAUUUCAAGCAGGUGCCGUUGCACGACCACGUGGGGCGGUCUUCUCCAAUCGUGCAGCUUAUGAGAGUGCACAACUCCCCCUUCCCCUCAUUUGUAUGGGAUGAACAGCAAUACAAACACCAGCACACACGGAGCCUGUGCAUGACAAAUUUAUGCACCUCCUUCUAGCGUACUAUUACUAUUUGGCGGGCUUCCGGCAUUUGUGAUGCAAACGAAACAGUGCCACACGGCAGCGACUGGAUUUGGGUUUUUGCAUGACAAAUGAGGGGGAGGGGGAGUUGUGCACUGUCAUACAGCUUCGCGGUAAAGAAGGGUUGAAGUUCCACAAGAGGUCCACCGGCCGAUUGCGCAACAUGCUCCGCCUUGGUUUACAGCAGGAGGCGAACUGCGGGAGCAAUGGGAACCUGUACGGAUCGGGGAUUUAUUUAGCGAAGGACUUCCACAAAGCAGCACAGUACUCAAGAUGGUGUUUGUAUGUCUUCAGCAAAUUUUUUUCUUUCCCGUACGCGUAGAAGUAGUACAAGUAGUGGCUUUGCUUUGGCAUGACAAAUUUUAUUUGCCACAAUCUUCCCCUCGUGACGAGUCUGAAUGUUGUACUUCGUUCUAGCAGGACAAGAAGCUUCACGUAAGGUUCUUCUUGGGAGUCCUCACAGUUUUGUACACAAAAAUGCACGGGAAAAAGGAACGAUUUGUGAUAUUCCAUACCUUGGAGAAAGUGCGGAUGACUAGCCAGCAAAGCGGCGUCACUCGCGAUUAUUCCCCUCAAGGUCGGUGGCAAGCGAUUGUGGUGGUGAAACUCACCCUGCCGAGGAAGUACGAGAGAAGGGACAACGGGAUUCCGAACAGAGUUGCGAAAUUGAAACGCGGCACCACCAAGCUGUUCCAACGAGAUGUAUUCACGAAGCCAUCCAAGCCGGAAGAGAAACGAGCCUGGGAAGAAAACCGCGAUAGAUACUUCCAGCCACGAAACCUGAUCCGGCGGAAGAGAUUUUUUCGGCCGCGCCUUAUCAAUGGUUUGCCUGCGGUAACUCCGACUCCAGGCACAGCAGCUGGCGCUGCUACAACACCGGCUGCGCCACAAAAAGAUCCUUGGGAAACAGACGUGGUAGAUCUGUUAUGCAUUGCAAAAGUAUCGUACUCGUAUAAACGCAUUACAGAUUUCCUCAGCAUGAGAAAAUUUGUCAUGCGGAUUUACCUUCGGAAAAAGAUUUGUAAUGCAUGACUGCAAUUACUACGGGUGCGAUACUUUUGAUCAGGAUAUCUGUUUUACCCAAGCAAAAAUCAGGGCGGCGACAUCGAUGACGAGGUCGAUUCAGAGGACGAUAGUACUUCACCAGGUAUACUUCGCCGCCUUUUAGGUACAACUAGAGCGCCACCAGUCGGACAGUAUGACAGCAAGAAGCGGUAUCGCAAGAAAAAAAGAUUGUAGGUGUAACUUUCUUGGAGGAUUAGCGUGACAAAUAUGUCUCGCAUGACAGCAAAAACCUGUCAUGCGCAGAUAGAAUGUGAAACACCCUUGAAUGGACCCUACUAUGCAGGGUUAACAUGACAGGCGCAAUCAAUUUACAUGCUGCGCAUCCCAAAUUUACACAAACAACUUUGUUUUCUUUCAUAAGCGGCAGUUCCGCGUCCGCCACGUGGGUGGGCACGAGUUGACGCCAAAGGAAGGGUAUGCAUUGCAAAAGUAUCGUACUCGUAUAAAAAAUGCAUUACAAAUUAUUUCCUCAGCAUAAGAAUGAAAUUUGUAAUGCGGAUUUACCUUAAGAAAUGCGUGACUGCAAUUCGAGUGUGUACGAUACUUCUGCACAGGAUAAAGGGAAGCAGCUACACACGGAGUUUGUCGUUCACGAUGUGUCUUUACUGGAAAUUGCCUACAUCCUCAUCUACGACGUACCUGUCGGCCGAAACCCGGUGACCGACUUCCUAACCGAGUACCAACACGCGCACCACAAAAUCGGCCUUGGCGGGGGUGUCACGGAGGUUAUGGGCUACGACCCCAUCACCUUACAGCCAUCAGCGAAUGUAAGGGAGUCCGCGGUAGUGGAGGGAAGGCGAUCCUACUGGCGGAGUUGUGGGGUUUUGAAGGUAUACAUUGCAAAUAUGUCUGGGUCUGGAAACUUGUGAUGCUAAAAGUGAACGAUAGACGCACUGCAAUACGCAGCUACGCAUGACAAAUUUUUUGGCUGCCAUGUCUUACGUAUUCCGCAUGGCAAGCUGCGUUUUUGCGUGAAAGGGAAGUGUGCUUUUUCGUGCGUAUGCAACACAGGUUCUCGAGUCAUUGUCAUGCCACACAAGCAUGACAAACUUGCAUUCUUCCAGACCCAGACAUUUUUGCACUUGAUAGAAGGAAGUGUCUGUCGAUGAACUGUGUCUGUGCUGCUCCCCCUGCGUGUGCAUUUUGGUGCCGGACUGCGUGAAGGAAAAGAUUGCGACAAAUUUGAAACUGUGUGGGUCGUUAUGCGCGGGAAAUCUAUCGUGCAAGAGCUUCUGCAACGUGUUAAGGAACUGCGCUUGCUGUGCGGAUCCGCGGCAAGGGACAGGAUUGGCGAAACUUUUGCGAAGUAGCGCGGGGGGACUGAUGAGCGCAGCCGCGUCGUCCUCUUCUAGAAGUAGAGAGUGCACCAGUUUGCCCGGCGGCCGGUUCAAUUUUCACAACUUUUCCAACACGGAAUAUGACCCACUCGUGUUGGAGGAGGCCAUCGAAGGAGGUGGAGAGCAGGGAUCAGCACAAGCUGGACAUCAUGUUCAAAACGCCGUACCACAAUCAUCAAACUGUUGCAGCUGCCUAUACAACAGCGCUCCAAGCAGAAAUACCACGACGAAAAAUCAGUUUUGGUGCGGCUUCGGCGGCCACAACGGAUGCGCCCUCUGUGUGCACGGUGGUUUCGAAUGCUUGUGUGGUGAAAUCGGGAGGAUAAACGGCAUCACCUGUAUGAUUGUGAAAAAAAUAUAUGUUCCCCGCUUGUUCCCAUAAGAAUGCAGACUUAUUCCCAUAAUACCUGUGAUCAUGCAGAUUUGAUGUCGCCACCAAUCCAAAGCAAAUCAGCUUUGUCUUGCAGUAGAAAUGAACUGGAGGUGUAAUAUGCUAGGCCUGCUCUUCAGCAUGAUUUUAGACGUUCUUAUUGCUGUAGGCUUAUGCUAAAGCGCAUUUUUACAAUAUCAAUGGCCUGCCAAAUGUUUCCGCUCGCUCUUGCUUCCCAAAUAUGCAAGACAGAGGCAGUACAGAGGCUGCAGUAGUACCGUACACAAACCAGCAGCACUAAGUUUAUUGGGGACCACGAGGGGAUAUUUUUCCUAAACAUCAUAAUAAGCCUAAUGGGCGGCUCCGAAGGGAAGGAGCAAAAUUGUGAUAUUUGCAGAAUUGGCCAGGAGUACAAGAUCAACGACCAGUGUUUACAUCUACAAACGCAAAAGGUAUCCUGUGCAAAAGUAUCGUACUCGUAUAAAUGCAAGUCUCGCAUCACAAAUUUUUUUCUUAAGGUAAAUCCGCAUGACAAAUUUUAUUUCUCAUGCUGAGGAAAUUUGUAAUGCAUUUAUACGAAUACGAUACUUUUGCAGUUCAUAAAAGGAUUGCCUGCACAAUGUCUGCACCUGUUGCGGACACCACACGACGUAUGACAGUGCACAACUUCGUCCCCUCUCCCCCUCAUUUGUAUAGCAUGAACGACAAUACAAGCAUCAGCAAGAGUGCCGAUUUUGCAUGACAAAUUUGCACUGGUGGGAUGUAGUGCUGUUUGGAGUUGUGCCAGAACUUGUCAUGCAAACAGUGCCAAGGGGAAGGCACAGCCCGUAACCGUAUUUGGGAUUUUGCAUCACAAAUGAGGGUGCGGGGGGAGUUGUGCACUUUCACACGACGCCUGCACCGGGGUGCGCGGAACAGUUUGUGUCGACGAACGUCAUCGAUAAAUGUAUCCUGAGGAAAAUCGUGUUUUUGAAUUUGUGAUGCUAUGAACUGGAUAAGCAGAUGGAUCUGUGAUGCGGCUGCACUUGCUUCUAUCCUGCACUGCACUACGGAGUGCAACUUGUCAUGCGUGACUCCCAAAGCUUCUAGGUUUGUGUUGCAAAAUCCCCAUGAUCUUGCCUCUGGCGUCGUGGGGACGUUUUUACUCAGGAUAAAGUGCGAGCCGACGGUCUUGUCGAAACUUAGCUGUGGACAUCUGGCCGGGACAGUGAAGUACGGUUUGCCCCACAUGUGUCUGGUGUACCUCGCGAUGCAAUAUCUUCCAGAAAAAAACACCCAGCCCCAUCCAAUUAUUUGUCAUGCAAAAUAUGCAUAACAUCCUGUGUUUGUCAUGCGAAAAAUGGAUGGAAGUGGGUUUUUUUCUGUGGAGAUGCAAAUCUGUUGCCAAAUCGCGACCAGUCUCGGGAGCGGGGAAUUUGAAGCGUAUACUUUAGGGUUGGAAACCCCCUGGGAGCCUGCCGAGGAUUACGACGUCGAGCCGGGGGAAUUUGUGAAGCUGGUGGAUGUGGAGUAGAAUUGUCGGUCGUAGAGGAGUUGUUUUUAGGACACUUACGAGGAGCAAGGCAAAUUUCCUACAGAACAGCAUUCGUUUUGCGACUGUGAGAUGACAUUCCAAUUUGUCAGAAGAUAGUACGAUAAUAUAUGAUUUGUGUAAGCAAGCUUGUUGGCAGCACAUUGUCGACAGGACGACGUCCUCGGCUUGGAUGCCGUUAGUGGUCACCUGUCUCGUGAUGAAUAAAGAAGAUUAUACAAGAUUUUUUAGUUUUCUGCGAAAACACAAAUGCAAAUUUACCAGCGAAGUUUCCAUUGCGAACUAGAACCUCUUUCAGCUCAAGAAUGCUGGAACAAAUAUUACGACCAAUAGGCGGCCGCGGCCAAGAACGUCAAAAAGGCCGACCUGACUUUGAGAAUAAAGGAUCAAUCUGCAUCGAAAAAUGUAAGCAACGACGGCGAUGAACUGCCUAACACCAGCCUAUUUUGGUUUAUUUGGGAAUACAGAAGGAUAAACUUGCCGAUGGACGAUUUUGAAGAAAAUGAAUUGCGACGGACAUAGCGAAGAAGUUUUGGAACAAUUAUUCGGAAUUUGAGCUCAGCGAGCACAUGCUCAACAACAC